AUGACCUUGCCUUCAUUUCCUUUUACGUUCAUGGUCAUAACCGCUUUUUUCCGUGGCAUCAAAUCGAUGAGUUCAUCUAAUAACAAUGUGGAUUUUUUAUUUUCUUUGUGUACCUCACCAUCCCUUUCUUUUUUCUUCUUUUUUUCUUUUUUUCGUCCAUUGAUUUUCCUUUUCGUUUACCUUUUAUCUUUUAGCCUUUCUUUUUUCUUCUUUUUUUUUUUCCCUUUCUUUUUUUUAAAUUUCUUUUUCUUCAAUUUAUUUUCCUUUUCGCUUACUUUUUUUUUUUCUUUUGGACAUCUUUUAUUGCUUAUUUCUUUUUCUUUUUUUCUGAUAUUGAUCUUCCUUUCGAUCGACUCUUUUUUUGGUCUUUCUUUUUUUUCUUUACUUAUUUUUUUCUUGUUUUCCUUCUCGUUUACUUUUUCUUUUAACGUUUCUUUCUUUUUUAUUCCUUUUAUUUUUCUUCCAUUGAUUUCACUUUUCUUUUUCCUGAUUUUCCUUUCCAUUUACUUUUUUCUUUUAAGUAUUUUUUUCUUUUUUCUUUCAUUGAUUUUCCUUUUCCUUUACUUUUUUCUUUUAGCCUUUCCUUUUUUCUUUUUUUCAUCCAUUAAUUGUUCUUUUCAUUUACUUUUUUCUUUUAGCCUUUCUUUUUCUAAUUUCUUCUUUUCUUUUUCUUUUUUAUUUUUUUCUUCCACUGAUUUCUCUUUUCAUUUAAUUUUUCUUUAUUCUCUUUUCUUUUUUCAUGGACAGAUUUUCCUUUUCAUUUACAUUUUUCUUUUAGCUUUUCUUUAUUUCUUUUUCUAUUUUCUUCCAUUGAUUUUCCUUUUCAUUUCCUUUUUUCUUUCGGCCUUUCUAUCUUUUGAUCUUUUUUCUUUUCUUCUUCUUUUCCUUCCAUUCAUUUUCUAUUUCGUUUGCUUCUUCCUUUUAGUCUUUCUUUUUUCCAUUUUUUCCUUUUUUGUUUAUUCCUUUCAUUUAUUUUUAUUUUCAUUUAUUUUUUUUAAUUUAGCUUUUGUACUUUUUCUUUAUUUCUUUUUUCUUCCAAUCCAUUGUUUUUCCUUUUUUAUUCUUUUUCCUUUUCUUUCUUCCAUUGAUUUUCAUUUUCAUUUAGUUUUUUCUUUUAACCUUUCUUUUUUCCUUUAUUUCUUUUUCUUUUUUCUUCGUUUGAUUUUCCUUUUCAUUUACUUUUUUCGUUUAGCCUUUAUAUUUUAUUAUUUUUUUUCAUUUGAUUGA